CUCUCUUUCUUGUUUUUAUCUAGUGCGCAAACACACCGGUGUCGCGCCCUAACAGCGCCUUGCUGUCUCCUGUCUCCAAGCCGGAAAUGUGAACGCGAUGCUCUCAGAGGUGUAGUUGUACUGUAGCAGACACCACCACGCAGACACAGCUUCUUACUGGUGCUAAACACGGACUGGAUUGUCGUGUUGCUCCAAACAACGUUCACUAAACCGAUGGAUCGUAGAGACAAAGUUUAACUGGAGACGCUUCACUGACAGCAGCAGCGUGUGAUGCUCAUGUACACUCGGGGUUGUGUUGGAGUUUAACAUGAUCGCUCAGUUCAUGGCUCAUUUCUGGAUCUUUCUGGAUUCUGGCUGCAUGUAGGACCCGAAAAAUAACAAACAAAAAUAAAGAAAAAAAAUUCAACAUUUCGGACUGCAGGAUGCGUCCCUGCGCUGUUCUGCUCCUGAGCUUUAUCCAGGACCUGACAGGAGGAGAGUAGAUCCAGCAUCUGUGUAGAAUUCUAAUUCAGCCUGAACUCUCGCCUGCUGUGGGACUUUCAUCACGGACGGAGGUGAUCGCACCGACCGCCAAUGCCUUCACCCGACAUCCAGAGAAAACAGCAUUGCUUCAUAUCAUAUCAACAGUGAGAAAAUAAUCACAUCAGGACCGGAACGCAAGACUAAAUGAUCCCCAGAGGGGUUUAACGCGCACCAACACUUUUCCAACAUGUUUAAACGGGGCUGUGGGCUUGAGUUCCUGCUGGUGCUCUGUGGGUUGGAGCUAUCCUGGUCCUGCCCGCGCCACUGCAUCUGCUACACUGCCCCCAGCACCAUCAGUUGCCAGGCCCAUAACUUUCUCUCUGUUCCUGAGGGUAUUCCUCCCCACAGUGAGCGUAUCUUUCUCCAGAAUAACAAAAUACACCAGUUGCUGAGGGGUCAUUUUAGUCCCACUACAGUAACACUGUGGAUCUACUCUAACAACAUCACCUAUAUUGAGCCAUCCACCUUUCAAGGGUUCACUCUGCUGGAGGAACUAGACCUGGGAGACAACCGCUACCUGCGUUCUCUAUCUCCUGAGACCUUUCAUGGGCUUAACCGUCUUCAUGCCCUCCACCUGUACCGCUGUGGCUUGAGUGCACUGCCUAAUAACAUCUUUCAGGGCCUUCGCAAUCUGCAGUACUUAUAUCUGCAAGAUAACCACUUAGAGUACCUGCAGGAUGACAUCUUUGUGGACCUACACAACCUGAGUCAUUUGUUUCUUCAUGGGAACCGCCUGUGGAGCCUGCACGAAAACACCUUCAGAGGGCUGCGUGCUCUGGACCGGCUGCUGCUGCACCACAACCAGCUGCAGUGGGUGGACCGACUGGCUUUCCAUGAUUUGAAGCGCCUCACCACACUAUAUCUGUUCAACAACUCUCUGACAGAGCUAUCUGGUGAGUGCCUGGCCAUGCUAGGUGCUUUGGAAUAUCUUCGUCUCAACGACAACCCAUGGGAAUGUGACUGCAAGGCCUUGUCUCUGUGGGACUGGCUUAAGAGGUUCCGUGGAUCCACAUCUUCAGUGGGCUGUGUGGCCCCAGCCAGUCUGUCAGGAAAAGACCUAAAGCAGCUGAGAAAAGAAGACUUCCCCAAUUGCUCUGGAUCAGAGUCCCUGCACCAGAGCAAGACCAAGUCUUGGGCUGGAACAGACAAGGUCUCAUUGAAGCAAGAGCCUCAAGCUGGCCAGCCUCCACAACCACGGCCUCACCACCCCCACCUUGGUGAACAAUUCUCUCUGCCCACACCUUUGCCCCAACCUCCCCCUGCAGUUAAUGGAGUACAGGCAGGAACAGGAGAUUUCCCAAAUCCGGUCACUCCUCAGAGGUCUGGUCGUUCUCGGAACUGCACACGCCAGCAGAGCAGGAGCGGCAAAGGGAAAGGGCCCAAUGAAGUUCAUACAUCAAAAGAAAUGGCAGACAAGGAGUUUUCCUCUUCUGAUUUUACUGGGAAAUAUGGCCACACAUCCCCUGAUAGUUUGACCACACGGAGAAAGAAUAAAUGUACUCCCCGGACCACUGUGCGUCCCCCCAGUGGGGUCCAACAGGCCACCAACAUGGGCAAUUCCCAGUGGCUCCACCUUUCUCUUUCGAGUAUUGUGGGACUUCUUGUGCUGCUAAGUGCCAUAUUCAUCAUAUAAUGAACGUGAUGCUGGUGCAUUGUAGCUAAAGGAAAACAAUGCAGCUCUCAGAUCUACUCUAGCUCCAGCCUUCCAAGGCCUCUUUACAAAAGUCUCUGUGUGUGCAAGUGUGUGUGUAUGUUUUAGGGUUGGGAUGGGGGAUCAUUGUGUGUAUGUUUAAUAAUAUGUGUAAAAUACUGUUUAAGGUUCUUUGCCAGUUAGACACUGAAAUAGACACACAUGCUUAAGCAUCUUAUGCACAUAUCUGUGAAGUAGAUACAUUUGAGUGAACAACAGAUGCUUAAUAUGAGCAGGAGGACCGAACGAUUGAAUUGAAACAGAAGCAGUACAGGCAACCUAAACAUGCUUUCACUGCCAUUGUUGCCAAAAUAUUUACAUUUACAUCUAGACAUCUGUAACAUUAUCACAAGCAACAGCUAAAGAGCAAGACAUGCAAUUGGUAUAUAACAUGCAACUGAAAUGCUAGUUCUUAAAUGAAUGAAAAUAAUAGAAAUUGCCAAUUAUAAAAUUUAAAGAAUUGUGAUAUAAUCUUCACACAUUCACAUUUUGUUGCAUUUAAGUUCUCUUAUAUAUAAGUUGCAAAAAAUCAUCCAAAAAAAGUGUUAUUUGUAAAUCCAGUCAAGUUUUACCUUCAGUGUGUCCUGAGUCACAUUUGCUGGAAAAAACAUAAUGCUUUUUUCUCCUUCAGACAUCAGCUGAAUGUAAUCCUACACAUAAUUGCCUCAUCUGAAAUAUAUGUGCCGUGUAUUCACUUAAUCCCCGACCAUAAUGUGCUCAUUAUGGAAAUAAAUGAAUAAGUCGAGAAAGAAUCCAUGUAUAACAAAAUACCACAACUUUGCUAUUUUUAGUCUAAUUUGACUUUAGCAGAUUAAUUAGGAUUAACAGACAGAAACUGUUUUCUUUUUAAUUGUAUCUUUCUACGUAUUUUUAUUGCAGUAAUGUGCUGCCAAAUAUUCCUUUCUAGUUUUGCUGGCACUGAGAUAAAAAUACAUCGAACUCUUACAAUGACUUACACUCUUUCACCUGAACAGUCAGGCUAUAACCUACUUCAGCAUUUUACAGGGAAACGCAAUUAGUCAGUCAAACUACUCAAUUCCCUCAAACUAAGCAGACAAAUAGAUAAAAACAUAGAAAACGCCAAAAACUCUAUACAUAUAUCAUAUUUUGAGUUACUACAAGCAUCGCUUUAACAAACAUCUUCAUCAUUUGCACAGUUUGGAUUAUUUUGCAAAGACACAUUAUGGAGCCUAUUAUAACAAGCUGCUAUUAAUGUUUAACGAAGCAAACCGGGUACAUUUGCUUCAAGAACAGUGUGUGUAUGUGUGUGUGUGUGUGUGUGUGUGUGUGUGUGUGUGUGUGUGUGUGGGAUAUAAAGCUCUGAAAAUUUAAAGAGUUGUAUUUGUUUGUUGUCUUCUGUGUUUGUUUCAAUUGGCUGAGCUGGGAACUAGAGAUGACCUGCUAAUGGGGCAUGGAAACAGGAAGUGCCCUGGGAGGACUAAGGUCAAACUGGGAUGAACCUUUUCUUUUUUUUUUUUUUGCAAAUAUCCCUCUGUCUGAACUGCCUAUUAAAAUGGAAAACCUUUUACUCUUAGAAGGCUGUGAAAUCAACAAUCCAAUAAUACUAAGAAGAAAAGGGACAAUAUUCCUUCAAAUAACUUGGUGUGAUGUAUAAUAGUGAUUUUCAACAUACCAUGGCCAAAAAAAACACUUUUCAGAGCCAUUGGACAAAAAAACUGGAGUCUGGGAGAAAGACAAUUUGUCUGUGCUGGACAGAGGGAAAAGUCUGGAUGGAUGUUCAAUCUCCAGUUCCAGGUCCAGGGAACGGCUUGAGAAUUGUGCCUCCUCUAAUGAGAAAUUCUUUGUAAAAUAUGAUAAACUGUAAACAGUUUCGUCAGCCAGUAGAUGGACUUGUGACUCAGAUAAUAUUGGUACCAUGAAAAAAACCAUGAAUGAAUGACAUUUAUGAUGACAACAGGGUUUUUUACUUCUCAAGCAGAGAAGUGCAUUUCUUCACAUUUUUUGCUUUCUUAUUUUUUAUUUGAUUCUUACAUGCUUUAGAAUCCAUUUUUAAAGAAACUGCACAAUCCUUCUUCCUUCACUCUAUGCCCUCUGUCUGUCUCUUUGUCUGUCUCUCUGUCUGUCUCUCUCUUUCUCUU